GUGGGCAGUGCCUGACUGCCCGACCCUCUCCUUUCUGCAGUUCAAGGGAAAGACGGGAUCUUGCACAAGGCACUCUGCGUCUGCCUCCGCCAGGGCAGGCUGCCAUGGGGCCUCUCGGGCUGCUCAUCCUGCUCUCGAUCACAGAGCUGUGCCGAGGCCUCAACACCACGGUGCUCCAGGGCCUGGCAGGCCAGUCCCUGCGCGUGUCCUGCCCCUAUGACUCCCGGGAGCACUGGGGGCGCCGCAAGGCCUGGUGCCGCCAGCUGGACGCCGAGGGCCCGUGCGGGCGGGUGGUCAGCACCCACAGCUCCUGGCUGCUGUCCUUCCUGAAGAUGCGGAACGGGAGCACGGCCAUCGCGGACGAUGCGCUGGGCGGCUCGCUCACCGUCACUCUGCGGAACCUCCAGGCACAGGACGCCGGCCUCUACCAGUGCCAGAGUCUUCGUGGGGGCGAGGCCGACACCCUCAGGAAGGUCCUGGUGGAGGUGCUGGCUGACCCCCUCGAUGGCCCGGACCCCGGUGAGCUCUGGAUCCCGAAGCAGUCCCAGAGCUUUGAGGACGUCCAGGUGGAGCACAGCAUCUCCAGGAGCCUCCCUGAAGAGAUCCCCUUUCCACCCACCUCCAUCCUCUUCCUCCUGGCCUGCAUCUUUCUCGGCAAGCUGCUCACGGCCAGCGCCCUCUGGGCUGCGGCCUGGCGUGGGCAGAAACAGGGGAUACCCCCGGCCAGUGGGCCUGACUGUAGCCAUGACCCAGGUGACCAGCUCCAGACUGUGGCCAUGACAGGGCUGAGAGACACCUGAGAAGAGAGGACCCCACGUGAACAAGAUGCCUGGAGAGGUCUGCGGGAACCACCCUGCCUGUGCACUCGCCCCUCAGCCACCAAGACUCCUGGUUCUGCUUUGGCAAAACACCACUUUGCCUGUCCUCUGCUUCCCCAGGCCCAGGGCUGUGUGUGUGUGU